UGGAAGACCCUCUGCACCAGGACCAGCCCAGCAGGAGAGGCCAUCUUUGGGAGUCUAAGCUAACUUGGGUCUGCUGCUUCCUUUAAAGGCAUCAUGGCCGCCCUCGGAUCCCUGGUGAAGCCCAAGAUGGUCAAAAAGAGGACCAAGAAGUUCAUCUUCCACCAGUCCGACCGAUAUGUCAAGAUUAAGCGUAACCGGCAGAAACCCAGAGGUAUUAACAGCAGGGUGCGGAGAAGAUUCAAGGGCCAGAUCUUGAUGCCCAACACUGGUUAUGGGAGCAACAAGAAAACCAAGCACAUGCUGCCCAGUGGCUUCCGGAAGUUCCUGGUCCACAACGUCAGGGAGCUGGAGGUGCUGCUGAUGUGCAACAAAUCGUAUUGUGCAGAGGUUGCUCACAAUGUUUCCUCCAAGAACCGCAAAGCCAUUGUGAAGAGAACGGCCCUGCUGGCCAUCAGUCACCAACCCCAACGCCAGGCUGCGCAGUGAAGAAAAUGAGUAGACAGCUCGGGUGCACAUUUUAUUUGUGUUUAAAUAAAACCUUGAAAACUGGGAAAGA